AUGUCAAAGAACGGCUACUUAUGCCUUAAGCUACAUGAAGAAAUUACUACUGGCCCCGGGAUUCUACUGCCGGCAUCAAUGGAUAAACUUCGUUGGGUUGGGAUCAAUGAUAAUACAACCGUCUCACCCCAAUGUGCCACUGAUAUAUAUAUCGUUACAUGCGCCUACAUCAAUAUAAUUGGCUUACUCACCACACAUGAAGUGCUGUCAAUUUAUCCAAUCAUUAACAGCUUUACAUUCUCUAAUUUACAGAUUGACAUCCCAGUAACCUUUCGUGUUCGAGUUCGCAAAUGA